AUGGAUUAUCCGUUAUCAAAACAUGUAGAGUACAUGGAGUAUGCUUUAAAAUUGGCUAGACAUGCUUUGGAUCAUGGCGAAACUCCAGUGGCUUGUAUAUUUGUAGAUAAAAAAACCGGUGGGAUAGUGUCAUAUGGUAUGAAUGAUACCAACAACUCAUUAGCAGGUACCUCUCAUGCUGAAUUUGUUGCAAUUGAUAGAAUUAAGAAUCAGUUUUCUAGUACUUUUGAUAAAUUUGAAGAUAUCAUUGUAUAUGUUACAGUUGAGCCAUGUAUAAUGUGUGCAUCUGCAUUAAAACAAUUGGGUAUAUUGAAUAUAGUAUUUGGCUGUGGUAAUGAAAGAUUUGGAGGCAAUGGUACAGUUCUAUCAAUAAACAAUGAUACUUGCACCAAAUUACCUGCCAAUACAGUAAAUUCGGAUUCUAAUAGACAAGACUUGAUUUUACCUGGUAUAUUAAGAAAAGAAGCGAUCAUGUUACUGAGGUUUUUUUAUGUUAGAGAAAACACAACCGCCCCCAAACCAAGGACGAAAACAGAGCGUAAGUUAGACAGAGAUACCUUUCCAGAUAUUGAAUGGUCUAAAUACAUCGAUGAAAUUACAUUUAACAAAGUCUUUGGUAAAGACAACUCGGGAUUUUAUAAAGAUCAAAAAGAUAUAUUUGGUGAGUCGAUAAAUUGGGAAAUAAUUGAAAAUGGGCAAGAUCAUAUUAUAGAUUAUAUGAAUUCACAGUGCAUUGAAUUCCAUCAACCCCAUUAUUCUGAGAGCAUUGGAAUCGGUAAUCAUAAAAAAAUCAAACUAACCCCUUAG